GCAAACAUGGCACAGAUUUCUAAAAAAAGAAAGUUCGUCGCUGAUGGUGUUUUCUACGCCGAAUUAAACGAAUUCCUUACUCGUGAAUUAGCCGAAGAAGGUUACUCUGGUGUUGAAGUUCGUGUCACUCCAGCCCGUACUGAAAUUAUUAUUCGUGCUACUCGUACUAGAGAUGUUCUUGGUGAAAAGGGUCGUCGUAUUAGAGAACUUACUUCAGUCGUUCAAAAGAGAUUCAACUUCCCAGAAAACUCUGUUGAACUUUACGCUGAAAAGGUCGAAAUUCGUGGUCUCUGUGCUAUUGCUCAAGCUGAAUCCCUCAAGUUCAAACUUCUCCAAGGUCUUGCUGUCAGAAGAGCUUGCUACGGUGUUCUUCGUUUCGUUAUGGACGCUGGUGCCAAGGGUUGUGAAGUUAUUGUCUCCGGUAAGCUUCGUGCUGCUCGUGCUAAGUCUAUGAAGUUCUCUGACGGUUUAUUACUUCACUCUGGUGAACCAAUCCGUACUUACAUUGACAAAGCUACUAGACACGUUCUCCUUAGACAAGGUGUUCUUGGUGUUAAGGUCAAGAUUAUGAUGGAUUACGACCCAUCUGGUAAGAGAGGUCCAAAGACUCCAUUCCCAGAUAACGUCAGAAUCAAGGAUCCAAAGGAAGACGAUGAAGAAAUUGUCACCAAGACUAUUGUUUACGAUAGUGAAGCUCCACAAGAAGUUCCA